AUGGGUUGCUCAGGGAACAGGAAGAAGACCCUGUCUUUCCUCCUUGUUUUUGUGCCCCUAUGUCUACCUGGGGCUUCACUGCAGGAAGCCAGCCCAGGAGGGCAAAGAAAACCGUUUUUUGAGAGGCUCCGUAGAAUAGAAGAGCAGUUCCGGAGAUUCCAAGAGGUGACUUUAACACACCUGCAAGCCAUUGCCAACAACUACAAUGUGUCCUACAACAUCGAUGCCCGGUUCCAGAGUCUGGUGGAAGAGAGCCAGGCUAUGGCUCUAGGGGUUAACCGGUCACAGACCACCAUGCAGGGGGACCUGGCCCACCUGAAGACCUGGAUGAGGAAGAUCCGGCGCAGAAGCCGGAAGGUGGAUGUGCGGCUCCAGGCCUUGGACCUGGCCCUGAGCACAAACAGCAGGCAACAGGUACAGGAGAGGAAGGGGCAAAGGGAAGCCAUGGCAAGACUGGCCCUGGACAUGCAGGCCUUGCAGGACACACUGGCUGGCCUGACACAUCAAGUCCACAGCCAGGGCGUCAGGCUGGCUGCUCUUGAGGGGCAGCUGCAGAUGGCCAGCCCUGGCACUGCAGCUCCAGGGCUGACCCCUGUCCCAACCCCCACAUGGCCUGCAUGGCCAGGCCCAGGCUCCCUGCAGCUGCAGAGGGACAGGCAGGUGUUCGGCCCUUCGCCCAAACUCCAGAAUCUGCCCCAGGACUUCACCACUCGUCUCCAGGUGACACAGAAGCCCCCACCCCCAAGCAUCCAUUGGGCACAUGGUGGAGCUAUUGAAGACCCAAAGGACUCUCCUCAGCUGGCAAAGCCCCACCACGGACCAGGACACAUUUGUCACGUGGGCCCUGUGCUCAUCUUUCCGAAUGUCUCCACGAAGAAUGUGAUCUCCCUCAGCCCUGGCUUUGUCACAUCCCUACGAGCCCUGUCCUUCUGCAGCUGGGUCCGCACGGCCUCUGCUUACCUGGGGACCCUCCUCUCCUACGCCACUGAAGAAAAUGACAACAAGCUGGUACUGCACGGCCGAGACUCCCUGGUCCCCGGCUCCAUCCACUUUGUGAUUGGAGACCCUGCCUUCAGGGAGCUGCCUCUGCAGUUGCUGCUGGAUGGCCAGUGGCACCACAUCUGUGUCAUCUGGACAGCCAUCGAGGGUAGGUAUUGGCUCCAUGUGGACCGCAGGCUAGUGGCUACUGGCUCCCGCUUCAGAGAGGGCUAUGAGAUCCCUCCUGGAGGGUCCCUUGUGCUGGGCCAGGAGCAAGACAGUGUGGGGGGUGGAUUUGACAGCUCUGAGGCCUUUGUGGGGAGCAUUUCUGGCUUGGCCAUCUGGGACCGGGUGCUGGUCCCUGGGGAAGUUGCAAAUCUUGCCACUGGGAAAGAGCUCCCUACAGGUGCCAUCCUGACACUAGCCAAUACUACAUCGGUGGGUGGAUUUGUGCAGAGGGUCACUUGCACCUGCCUGGAGCCCUGUCCAUGA